GACGGCGCUAAUGACAUCGGCGCAUAUGAUUGGCUGUGUAUUGCCUGGCAGUUUUGCCGAUUGCUACGUAAGUGGCGUGAAUGUGUGUGCGCCUAUAUAUGCGUGUGUAUGAGAGUGUCCGUUUAUAGCGCCAUAAUCAAUACGCGCGUGAUGCGUAUAUACGGUGUGCACUAGUCACCGAAUCCGCAAGAUGCACAAGGAUGUACACAUAUAAACAGCGCGAAAGGUGGAACGGACACUCGAUGGAAACACUCGAGAGAUGAUGCGGGCUGGUUAGAGGAGACGGGAGAGAGACGGGGCGAGUAAAAACUUUCGGGCGAGAAAUCGCGGACGGUGCCAGUCGUUAACCUCCCGAGCGGAUUCUGUGCUGUGUUGAGAUUCGCCUGGUCGUCGUCAGCUCGGGAGCUCGCAAGGAGGAACCGUAUUCAUUUAUCGCAUCGAAAUCACGUCCGGCCCGAAAACUCGACUCCGUACUUGAGUAAUUGAUGCUUAGUGCUCGAAGCAACGUUUUCUAUUUAUCGAUCUGACGAGAGAUUAAUUGAUAUCUUGCGAUGGAAGCGAGGAGGAGAAAUGAUCUUACCUAAGACAGUCAUUGCUCUUAACUGAAUCUCAGUGUAAUCCGAUGCAUUAUUUAUGCCUGAAUAUCGAUGAAUUAGCGGCUGUAUACUGAGAAGCUAUAAGGAGAGUACAUAUAUGAUAGAUAAAAUGAGUAGCCAAUUAAAUAUAACACUUAGACCCGAUCUAAGAUUGGACACGAAGUGGCUGAAGACUGACUUACAACGAUUCCUUAACCGUGAUGGAUUGGCCGAGAUGUGGAACGAGAUGGUGCGGGACGGAGAACUUAUUGGAUCCUUCAGUGACGGCCUGAUCAAUUUCGUUGGAAUUCAAGCGAAGAAGGGUAACAAUGGGCGUUAUUACUGUGGUAUGAGAGUAUUAACUUGUCUGUGCUGUGAUGGGAUCUGCGGUCCACAACAUGGCUGCAAUUGUGUACCUUGCCAAAAGCUCGACGAAGAGGAAGCGGCAAGAACAGCAGCGAUGGUUGAGAAGGCUAUACCUGCCCGGCGGAUAAUGGACUCAUGGCUGUGGGGACCACCACCAUCACUCGGUGACUUGAGAAACUGUAUCGACUCGUCGAUAAAGGAGCAGCGGAAGCUGUGCUGCGAAGUCGCAAACAGCACAUUAUCAGCGACGCGUUUGAGACAACGAUUGAUAAUCGCCCGGAGAUAUUUCACCGCCUUGUCGCGUCAUAAGCCGCAAGAGAUCAGGGAUAGCUCGAGUUUACCAAAGCCUAUCGGAAAAUUGCUGAAAACGCCUAACGAAAAGGUGGUGCCUAACGAGAAGGCGACUCUAGGAUUGGCGCGCGUCGGUUCGCGCGCCGCACUCAAUUUCUCGUUCGCGUACUUGAGAAGAGCCUGGCGGUCCGGAGAGGACGUCGAGUUCUGUAGCGAGUUGCUCACCGAGUCACUGGAGGCGUUGCAAUCGUUACCCGAGGCGACUCUCUUCGACGAAAGUAACGUUUCUCCGAUCUGGUUAGAAGUCGUCGAAAGGUCGGCCAAAUUUCUCCGACAAGUCGUCACCGGAGAGGUAACCACCGGACGAUCAUGGCGUUCUGUGCCGUUGUCGGAUCAGCACACGGCGCUCUGCCUGUUGCUGGAGCUGGUCGCACAAAGAGCCACCCUGUCCAGCCUGCUGGACUCGGUGGUGUUGCUGCUGCACCUCAGUAGCAAAAACAAGAAUCAGGACAACCGAGUAACGCCACCCGGCAGCACGGCGCCGCUCGUCCCGCUGUUGCGACGGCUGAACAAGAUUCCGGUUACGGUGUCCUACAGGCUCUUCGAGCCGCCCGUGCCGGGACCCUGCGAAGUUCUGCUCAAGUACCUGCAACUGCCGGACGACGACGGCAUAUCGGUCGACCUGAGGAAAGCCGCGGUCAUCAUAAUGUGCAACCUCAGCAGGCUGGCCUCUCCCCUCUUACCGGACGUCCGGGCCGAGUACGAGUUCCCUACGAACGGGAGCGGCGGGUAUUCGCGGCAGCAGGUGUUGGCUUGGGGCUGCGUCAAGUUCGGCAACGGCUCCUCCGUCGUUUACUGCGACGCGAUCGCCGAGCUGGGGGUGAAGCAGCUGUGCUGCACCGAGCGGGCGUUACUGAUACUGACCACGAGCGGCCACGUUUACAUGAUGUAUUACGGAUCGGAGACCCAGUAUCCGCAGAAGGUGAACGGCUUCACGAACAAGCAGGUCUCGAUGAUCGCCUCUCACUCGGACGGCAAGCAUUACUUGGCGCUGACGCGGGACAACUGCGUGUAUUCCUGGGGCAACGGGGACGGCGGUAGACUCGGGCACGGCGACAACAUCUCCCACGACGAGCCGAAGAUGAUCGAGGCGCUCCUGGAGAAGAGCAUCGUGUUCAUAACGUGCGGCAGCACGUACUCGGCGGCCCUGAGCGCCAGCGGCGAGCUGUACACCUGGGGAAGAGGGAACUACGGCAGGCUGGGCCACGGUAACAACGACGACAUCACCGUGCCGACCUUGGUGACGGCGCUGAAGGGUCACAAGGUCGUGCACGUGGCCUGCGGCAGCGGCGACUCCCAGACUCUUUGCGUCACCGCUUCCGGCAUAGUGUUCUCGUGGGGCGACGGCGAUUACGGGAAAUUGGGCCGUGGCGGCUCGGACGGCUCGAAGACGCCCAAGAUCGUCGACAAGCUGCUGGACAUCAACGUCGCGAAGGUGUUCUGCGGCGGCCAGUUCUCCGCCGCGCUGACGGCCAGCGGGGAAGUGUACACCUGGGGCAAGGGGGACGCUUAUCGUUUGGGCCACGGCAACGAGGAGCACAUUAGGUAUCCCAAGCUGAUCGAGUCGCUGAAGAACAAGAAGAUCAAAGACCUGUCCGUGGGCGGCACGCACAUACUGGCGCUGACCGAGGAUCUGUUGGUCUACGGUUGGGGCAGGAACGACUACGGUCAGGUCGAUCCCACGUUGAUCCCCGUCGUCACCAAGCCCUCGCUUAGCCACGUCUUUUCCUCGAAGAACGUCAUCGGCCUGGCGACCGGGCCAACCCAGAGUUUCGCCUGGUGCUUGUCGACAUGGUCGGACCACGCCGUCCGGAUGCCCUUCAUCAUGGACAUAUGCGAGGAAACGUUUCAGCUGAUCGACACGCUCCUGGCCAAGUCCUGCGAGGGCCUCCCCGGCAUCCGGCCGCCCACGCAGGAUCGCGAGUGCCUCGCGGUGGCCACGCUGAAUCUGCUGCAGCUGCAGCUGCAAACCAUCCUGAUGCACAAUAUCGACGUCAAGUCGGUCGGGCUCGCCGCCAACUCCACGUUGCUGAACUCCUUGAAGCAACGUUGCGUGAGCCUGGCGAGCGCGACCGGCAUCCUGGCGACGAUACAGGAGGCGGCGCAACACGUCCUGAAGACCGGUUGGAGUGUGCUGCUGCCGACGGCGAACGAGCGCGCCAAGACCCUGUCGAGCUUCCUGCCGAACACCAUCAACAACGUCGAGCAGUCCGGCGCGGCGAACAACAACGGCCAACGCUUCAUGGCGGACCUGCUGGUGUCCAGCCUGAUGGCGGACGGCGGACUGGAACUGGCGCUGAAGGCCGCGGUCAAGGCGGAGAUCGCCGACAUAUCGGACGAGAAGGACUUCCUCGUCGACGUCGGUGCGUCGAACGUCGCGAAGGCCAAGAGCGAGACGAGGCAGGCGAUGAAGGACGGCUUCAAUUCCAGCAAGAACAUCACGACCAUCUCGUUGCUGCAGCUCAUACAGCAGCUGAUACGGAACGGCACGUACAUCACGCAGUCGAAGCUGCAGCAGGGCGCGUCGCAGCUGCCGCUGCCGAACGAGCAGAACGAGCGGAACGAGCGGAACAAGCAUCGGCGCAAGUUCGGCAACUCGCCCAGCCUGAAUCUCCUGCUGUGCUUUCAGCGUCUGCUGAUCGGCCACGUGUACGAAUGCGUCGGCCGCAAGCUGCGCACCAAUGACCUCUACGAAGAGAUGCUGGGCGCGCAGUCGCUCCUGAGGAAGUACAUCGCGCAGAUCUGCGAACACGUGACCGAGACGCUGCCGUUGGCGGCCGAGAUUGCCGGCCGUUCCGUCAAGGAUUUCAUCACGGUAAUCGGCGUCCUCAAGAACGACAUCAUCAACGUGCUCUUCUCCGAGCUGGUGGUAUGCCUGAUACUGCUCAAGGUCGACUGCCCUAUGCUGCUGAUCGACAUGAACUGGAUGGAGAUGAUCGCGCCCGUCCUCGACGCGCUCGACUACUUCAUCCGACUGACGCCCGCGAUAGAGAAGAACGAGGCGGACGAGCUGUCGUGGCCAGGCAUCAUCGCGCCCCAACUCGGCAACAAGAUCUCCACGCAGGAGGAGCCGACGUUGAUACGCUGGGCCGAUCUGGAGAACCACAAUCGCGACGGCGGCCUCUGGGUGGUGGUGAACAACAACGUCUACGACAUACAGGACAUCAGGCAGGAGGGCUCGUGGUCGCCCUACGAGGUGCUGCAGAGGUACAUCGGACGGGACGACGGCAGCGGGACGCAGCCAGGAGCGCCCAACGGCCCUGCGCCGCCCCGCGGCAUGAUGGACUCCUGCUUCGUCGGCCAUUACUCCCAGGCCGAGCCCGACGAGAACGCGAGCUUCACGAUCGAGGUGACCGACGUCUGCUCGUCCCUCCUGGACACGGAGCGAGCCUUGGGGUUCCUGCUCGGACUGCACGCCUACAGGAUGCGGCAGAGUCUGGCGCUGCAGCCGGCGGAGGAGGAGGCCGGCGUCUGGCUGAGCGCGAGUUUCCUGCGGGGCGGCCUGCAGGUCCUGCAGCCGCCGAACCCCUACGAGGAGGAGAAGGACGAGGCGAGGAGCAACACGUCGACCGCCGCGAACUCGCCCACGGAACCGCCGAAUCUGCCGAUACACACGAAGAACGAGCAGCAGAGGGAGAACGACGAUCGCACGGUCGGCUUCGUGCAGGCCUUGGCGGAGGCGCACAAGACCGACGACGCUCACGUGCGCGCGUUCCUCGCGAUAAUCGACCGGCAUCAGAAGGCCGACAACGUGUUCUCGCACGCCGACUUCUACGUCGACCAUCCGGUCGAGGAGAUCAGUCGCGCCCUCUUGGCCGUGAUCAUAAAGCACCUCGGCUUGGGCCAACAGGCGCUCGCGCUGGCCGAGGAGGAACUGAAAGCCGCCAACAGCGCGAAACUCACCGCCCCGUUGGCCGACAUAAUGCGGGCGAUCUACCAGGCCAAGUGGAACCUGGUGCGGACCAGGCAGCAGCAGAACAGGAGCUACAAGGAAGUCUGCGCGCCCGCGCAGGAGCGGUGCCGGUUCCUCCUCUACGAGGUGAGGUCGGCGACGAGUUACGAGGUGAAGGGCUUCGAGGAUCUCCAGCUGCUGCACACCGACUCCAGGUUCAAGCGAGCCGUCCGCAUGGUGAUCGCCGACAUUCGCAGGAACAAAGCGUCACCGGGCGGCGGCAAGCCGGAGGACAUCUUGAACGCGUCGAUACAGAACGCCAAGGCGAAGAACAAGCCGGACGAGGACAGCACGACCUCCUCGAAGGAGGGUCUGGCCGCUGCGUCCUCCGCGAAACUGGAGGACAUAUCGGACAUCAAGAACAAGAUCAUGCAGAUGACCGAGAGGAUCCGCUACGGGCCGGUGCAGUGGGCCACCGCCGACUACAACGGCCUGACCACCAACAUCAUCAACUUCGUCAUGAACAACGGCAUCGGCGGCGACGUCGAGACGCUGCGACGCGCCAUGUACUGCCAGAUGCAGCGCGCCAAGGUGCGGGAACAGGGUAUCCUGAUGAUGCGCGAGCUCCUGAAGAAGGACUACCUGGUAACGUCGGUGAAGUACUCCCUGCUGAACGGCUGGCUGGGUCUCACGUACGAGAACAAGUCGCUGAGCGACGGCAUCACGCAUUGCCUCUACAACAUACAGCUGACGACUCCUUAUCAGAAGUCGAAGGUCAUCCUAGCGGAGGCCGAGGUGACCUCGUGGGCAGUGCAGGCGCUACGGGCGUACGUCGUGCAGGCGGAGCUGCCGAAUAAGCAGAAGAUCAGCGGGAAGAGCAGCCUGAACCAGGGUACCUACACGUGGCUGCGGAAGUUGCCGAGGGCGCGCUUCCUGCUGACCAUCCUCGGCAUGCUGACCAGCUAUCAGUGCGCCAACAAGAUCGGCCUGCUCGUCAACUCGGGCCUGCUGUCGAGCGUCUUGACUCUGCUGCGGCAAAUCGGUCCGUCGUCCGCGACGAGUUUCUGCGAUGCCGGCGAGGACCAAGGCCAGCAGGGUGGCGGCGGCGGCGGCGAGGCCUCGCGGCUGAGGACGGAGAUCACGGCGAUUUACGAAGACACCAUACAGCGGAGCAAGCCGCAGAGCGUUCAGCUCAGCGGCAUGGAGCUGGCGGCGCUGAUGAAGAUCGGCACGCGAGUGGUGCGGGGGGUCGACUGGAAGUGGGGCGAUCAGGACGGGCCGCCGCCCGGCGAAGGCAGGGUGAUCGGUGAGCUCGGCGAGGACGGCUGGAUAAGGGUGCAGUGGGACAACGGGGCGACGAAUUCGUACCGUAUGGGCAAGGAGGGUAAGUACGACCUGAAGUUGGCCGAGCCGCCGACCCCUCCCGACGACGACAACGACGAGAUCGACAGCGACCCGCCGGCCGACGCGGACAAUCCGGAGAACGCCGCCUCACGCGGCCGGGAACUGUACCCGACGACCUGUCUGAAGUCCGCCUCGACGACCCUGCUGCGGAUAAUCCUGCUCUCCUGCGGCAUAGAAGCGGACAAGGUGUCCGCGACGUCCAUCAAGAUCCUGGCGUCCACGCUGCACGGUAUAGUAUCGGCCGCGAACAAGACCGGCGAGGUUCCGAACACGUCCGUUCAAUUGGCGAGGCAGCAUCACGAGACCUGGGCGACCUUCGGCCUGCUGAGAGCGAUCGCCAGGUCCAAGCAGUUGUGCAAGUCCCUGAGCUCGCAAGCGUGGCUGGACUUCCUGCUGAGCAUCGUCGUGGACGAGAGCAAGCCCUGCCUGGAGAAGCAGAUCACGGUGACGAGGCUGCUCGCGGCCGUCCUGCCCUCCUGGGCGGUCGAGAGGGACCUGAACGACAUGAGGCAGCUGUUGGAGAGGACCUUCGAGAUACUCGGCCAGGUGGCGCUCGCCUGCGACAUCGGGCCGAACGUCGAGCUCCACUCGAACAAGUGCCGCAUGUCCCUGACCGCGUCGUACAGCUCCACCGUGGCGGAGGAACUGAUAUGGCUGAUCAGGCUGCUGCACAGUCUGCCCGGCUGGAACGCGAUCAUCAACCGCUUCCUCGCGGCGAAACUGGCCCUGACGGCGGAGCUGCUGAGCGACGGGCCGUUGAUUCACAUACAGAUGAACGAGAACGACGGCGAGAACAGUCUGAACAUCCAGAGGACCGUGAUGGCGACCCUCGUGGUGAUCGGCGGCCUGGACAAUCGGAUAAGGAUCGGCGGUCUGGUGAAUCACGAGAACGAGCUCGCCAUAGUCUGCAGGUUCACGAAGCACUCGAAGCUGGUGGUGCAGCUGCAGGCCGGCGACAGGGCGCGCAAGAUCGUGCCGUUUUACGCGGUGAAGCGCGUCACCGAGGUGUUCCAGCUGGACCGGAUGCCGCUGACGGAGCAACUGAUAUCCACCUGGGCCAGCCUGUUCCUGGGCACCACUUCCGGCAUGCGGCCGGGCGGUAUGCCGGUGAUCGCCGGCGUCGUAAACGCCUCGAUCCUGCGCACCCAGCAGCAGCAGCUCGCUGCCUUGAACGCCGGCAGGGCUAUGCUCGCCUACCAGUCGAAGUUGCGGAGGAUCCUCAAGUGUCCGCUGAGCAGCGACGUGAACGACGACGAGCGGCACAGUUGCUGCACGCUCCUGCAGGAGAUGCUGUUGCGCUCGACGAAGCCGCAGCCGCUGAAGCCGAUCUUCAAGCGGCGAGAAAUGGAGGAGGCCGCGCUGGCGGUCUCGCAGUACCUCGCGUCGGAGCUGCGGCACACGCCCAUCCAGCGCACCGGGAUCACCGCCUCGGACCCGACCACGCCUAUAUCCGAGUGCUCGUUGGUCUCGUUGACGUCCAGCCAGAAGAGGCACUGCAAGGCGAACGUGGCCGCGAGGAGGAGCUCCGCGGCAGCGUCGGUCAGCCCGCUGGUCGCCCAGCUGGUCGAGAUGGGUUUCCACAAGAGGAGCGUGGAGCUGGCGAUCAAGAGCCUGAGCGUCGGCGAGCAGGGCAGCGUGACCGCCGAGAGCGUGGUGGGCUGGCUGCUGGAGAAUCCGGACGCCGCGCUCAGCGACACGGAGACCCUGUCCAGUCCGGACGGGCUGACCGACAUCGACGACUCGAUCAGCGAGGACAUGGACGACUCGCCGUCCGCGCAGGAGACCGCCUCCACGAUGGGCGGCGCGCCGCCGCCCACGUACAUGAAGCGCUCGGACUUCCUGUCGGUGGACGAGUACGCGAUCUACGUGCGGGACAACGUGGUGCCGGGUAUGCUGGUGCGAUGCUGCAAGAGCUACGAGGAGGUGGAGUACGGCGACGUCGGCCAGGUGGUGAAGAUCGAUCCGGAGGGCCUGCACGAUCUGAACGCGCAGGUCGCGUGGCAACGCAGGGGCAGCAUGUACUGGGUGCGCUUCAUCCACAUAGAGCUGCUGGGCCACCCCCCCUCCCUGCCCGGGCCGCCGACGCUGAAGGUCGGCGACAAGGUGCGCGUGAAGGCGUCGGUCGCCGUGCCGAAGUACAAGUGGGGCUCCGUGAAUCACCACAGCGUCGGCGUCAUCACGGAGAUCAUCAACAACGGCAAGGAGGUAUACGUCGACUUUCCGCAGCAGGUCGCGUGGACCGGCUGCGUCGCCGAGAUGGAGAAGGUGCCGUCCUGCCAUCACUCGGUCAUCUGCAACUCCUGCUGCCUAUCGCCGAUCUCCGGGCCCCGGUUCAAGUGCAAGUACUGCGACAACUACAACCUUUGCGAGAACUGCUUCUACACGAAGCGGUCCCACCGGCACGGCUUCAACAGGAUCGCCGAGCCCGGCUCCGCGGCGGUCUACGCCGGCAAGCCGGGCAGGUACCACCGGCAGGAUCUGACGGAGCCGUCCCUGAUCGAGGACUGGUCCAAGUGCAUCCGGACUCUGAGCGUGUCGUCGCGGGAGAACUGGGCGACCCGACUGGUGGACGGCUCCGGCAAGUACUGGCAGAGCUGCGGCUCCCAGGGCAAGCAUUGGAUCCGGCUGGAGAUGUUGCCCGGCAUCCUGAUACAUUCCCUCAAGAUCAUCGCGGACCCGCAGGACAGCAGUUACAUGCCGUCGGUGGUGGCGGUGAACGCGGGCGACUCGUUCGUCAGCCUGGUGGAGCUGACGACGAUAAGCGUGCGCCACUCGGACACCAGCGUCACGCUGCUGCAGGACAUGAAGGAGUACUACCCGUGCGUCGAGAUCGCGAUCAAGCAGUGCAGAAACGGCGGGAUAGACUGCAAGAUCCACGGUCUGCGCGUCGUAGGGCGCAAGAGGGUGUUCGAGAACCAGCUGACCACCUCGGUCUCGUUCCUCGCGUCCGACUGGGAGGUCCUGCAGGAGCAGGUGACGGCGCAACGCGGCACCGAUGCGCCGCCCCAGCAGUCGGCCGUCUACGUCUGGGGUCUGAACGACAAGGACCAGCUGGGCGGCCUGAAGGGCUCGAAGAUCAAGGUGCCGGUGUACAGCGAGGUGCUGUCCAAGCUGAAGCCGAUUCACAUAGCCGGCGGCAGCAAGACCCUCUUCAUCGUCAGUCAGGAAGGCAAGCUCUACGCGUGCGGGGAAGGUACGAACGGCAGGCUGGGUCUGGGGGACGACAACAACAUCUGCGAGCCGAAGCCGAUACCCUUUCUCAGCCAGUACGUGAUCAAGAAGGUGGCGGUGCACUCGGGCGGGAAGCACGCCCUCGCUCUCACCCAGGACGGCAAAGUGUUCUCGUGGGGCGAGGGCGAGGACGGCAAGCUGGGUCACGGGAACUGCACGACGCUGGACAAGCCACGGCUGAUCGAGUCGCUCAAGUCGAAGAGAAUCCGCGACAUCGCGUGCGGCUCCGGGCACUCGGCGGCGAUCGCCAGCAACGGCGAGCUCUACACCUGGGGCCUGGGCGAAUACGGUAGGCUGGGCCACGGCGACACCGGCACGCAGACGAAGCCCAAACUGGUGCAGGCGUUGAGCGGCCAGAGGGUGGUGCAGGUGGCCUGCGGCAGCAGGGACGCGCAGACCAUGGCCCUGACCGCCGACGGCUGCGUCUACACCUGGGGCGACGGGGACUUCGGCAAGCUCGGACGGGGCGGGAGCGACGGCUGUUACACGCCUUUGCUGGUGGACCGACUGAACGGCCUGGGAGUCGUUCAGGUCGAAUGCGGCGCCCAGUUCUCCCUCGCUCUGACCAAGUACGGCGAGGUGUGGACGUGGGGGAAGGGCGACUACUUUCGUCUCGGCCACGGCAACGAUCACCACGUGAGGAAGCCCACGCUGGUCGAGGGUCUGCGGGGGAAGAAGAUCGUUCACGUGGCGGUCGGGGCGUUGCACUGUCUCGCGGUAACCGACACCGGCCAGGUGUACGCGUGGGGCGACAACGACCACGGGCAGCAGGGCAACGGCACCACGAUCGUCAACAGGAAGCCGUCGUUGGUGCACGAGCUGGAGGACGCGAGGGUGAACCGGGUGUCUUGCGGGUCGAGUCACAGCAUCGCCUGGGUGUUGGUGGACCAGCCGACGAACGGCAAUCAGGAGCCGGUCACGUUCCAGACGGCGAGAGAUCCGCUGGGUCAGAUGUGCCUGGGCCUGGGUAACGUGGCGGAGCAGGCCGGGGCGGUGGCGACGACUGGCAACGCCGUCGCCAGCCGACCGUCCCUCGCCAGUAUAAUACUCUCGUUGGAGAGCAACGUCGCGAAGCAGCAGGCUCUGCAGCACGUGAUAAACGCCCUCCUCAUAAUGCAGGCGCGCACGGCGAUAGUCACGGCCCUGCAGAGCCACUCGACCCUGACCGACCUCGACCGCGCCCCGGCGAAGCACACGCCUUUGACGGACGUGCCGCCGUCGGCGGCGGAUGCCGGCAUGACCUCGAGCACGGAGCACGCGGUUUACCAGAACGUCGGCGACAUCGCGCAAGGCGGGGGCGAGGCGCCGGCGAACGUCGCCGAGGCGGCGAACGUGCCGACCAGUCCCAGGAUGACUCCGGAGUCCGAGGACUUCCCGCUGGCGAUGUUCCCGUCCAUGUCGAGCUCGAGCGUGUCGUCGCGCGCCUCGAAGAUGUCGACGGGCGCGAUGAGCGUGAUCGCGGCCACCCUGACGUCGAACGCGCAGGUGGUGGGCGAGGGCGCCGCCACCGACUCCGGCCUCGACGAGUUCACGUCGGCGUUGACGGAGGACGACGCCAGGGUGCUGGUGGACCUGCUGAAGCUGGCGGUGGCCAAUCGGGUCUGCACGUCCGCCAAGGAGACCAUCUCGACGGUGCUGAUCGCCCUGGGCAAGGUGAACUGCACGAUCGGCGGCAUGCUGCUGGAGCAGUGCGUGACCGAGCUGGAGGACACCGCGGCGAACAGCAACUGCGUGAGCAACACGCCGCAGUCGGUGGUGCAGGAGACGCCGCAUCCGUACAUAGACGACACGACGUUGACCGGCAGCGUGAAGAUCCCCGGCGCCGAGGCGCUGCGCGUCGAGUUCGACAGGCAGUGCUCGACGGAGAAGCGGCACGACCCGCUCACGAUCAUGGACGGCAGCGGCCGGGUGGUGGCGGUGCGAUCCGGCCGCGAGUGGACCGAGUGGUCCUCCGACAUCAGGAUCCAGGGGGACGAGCUGAGGUGGCGCUUCUCCUCGGACGGCUCCGUCAACGGCUGGGGCUGGCGGUUCACGGUGCACCCGGUGCUGACGACCCUCGCGCCGUACGAGCUCGGCUCCGACCGAGCGGUGCUCUCCCAACCGACCAUAGCCGUGGCGGAGCACCUGCUGAUGGACAACAGCCUGAUCAAUUCCGACAGGAACGUCGCCUCCCGCCUGGCGACCGCGCUCGCUCAGUGCAGCCAGCUGAGCACCCUGUCCGCCCAGCAGAGGAUGUGGGCGCUGAAAAAGCUGCAGGUGGUCUACACCAACGGGCCGGGGAUCAAGCCCGAAGUCGCCCUGUCCUCUCUGCUCGGCUCGUUGCCGCAGGCCCUCCUCAGGCAGUACGCUUACGAGGACCCGCUGGUCCGGGGCGGCAAGCAGCUGAUGCACAGCGACUUCUUCAAGGUCCUCGUGGCGCUGGCGUGCGACCUCGAGCUGGACGCCAUGCCGUGCUGCGCCGAGGUGCACAAGUGGUCCUGGUUCCGCAGGUAUUGCUUGGCGGCGCGCGUCGCCAAGUCCCUGGUGAACCGCACUCCCCUGCCCAGAGCGUUCUGCUACGAGGUGACCAAGCAGCUCAACGAGAUGACCACGGACGGGGACGCGGAGUGCGGCAAGGACCACGAGAAUCACGGUAUAUUCAAGCAAGGCCACGACGAGCAACUGCUGCAAUGGCUGAAUCGCAGACCGGAGGACUGGACGCUGUCGUGGGACGGAUCGGGCGCGAUUUACGGCUGGGGCCACAACCACAGGGGUCAAUUGGGCGGCUUGGAAGGCGCCAAGAUCAAGCUACCGGCACCAUGCGAGAGCCUAUCGGCGCUCAGGCCGAUUCAGCUGGCCGGGGGUGAACAGACCCUUUUCGCGGUAACGGCCGAUGGAAAGGUUUACUCGACCGGUUACGGUGCUGCAGGACGCCUCGGGAUUGGAGGAACGGAUUCCGUCAUGGUCCCGACGUUAUUAGAAUCGAUACAACACGUAUUCAUCAAGAAGGUGGCUGUGAACUCGGGCGGCAAGCAUUGCCUCGCCCUGAGCUCAGAGGGUCACGUGUACUCGUGGGGCGAGGGCGACGACGGCAAGCUGGGACACGGCAAUAGACUAUCGUACGAUCGGCCGAAACUGAUCGAGGACUUGCUCGGCAUCGAGAUCGUCGACAUAGCUUGCGGUGGUCACCAUAGCGCCGCCAUCACGAGCGCCGGUUGGUUGUACACCUGGGGCAAAGGACGGUACGGGCGUCUCGGUCACGGCGACAGCGACGACCAGUUACGACCGAAGGUGGUGGAGGCUUUGCAGGACUACAAGGUGAUCGACGUGGCCUGCGGGAGCGGCGACGCGCAGACACUCUGCGUGACCGACGACGAUAACGUGUGGAGUUGGGGCGACGGUGACUACGGCAAGUUAGGCAGGGGCGGUAGCGACGGUUGCAAGAUUCCCUUGAAGAUCGACUCGUUGGCCGGACUCGGUGUCAUCAAAGUCGAGUGCGGCAGCCAGUUCUCCGUCGCCUUAACACGAUCCGGAGCGGUCUACACCUGGGGCAAGGGAGACUAUCAUCGUCUGGGUCACGGCACGGACGACCAUGUGCGAAGACCACGGAAGGUGGCCGCGCUGCAAGGGAAGAAGAUCAUUUCGAUCGCUACGGGCUCGUUGCACUGCGUCGCUUGUUCCGACAAGGGUGAGGUCUUCACUUGGGGCGACAAUGACGAGGGACAGCUCGGCGACGGCACUACAAGCGCCCUGCAGAGGCCACGAUUGGUGCACGCGUUGCAGGGCAAGAAGAUCACGAGAGUAGCGUGCGGCAGUGCGCAUACGUUAGCCUGGAGCACGGCGAAGGCCACGCAGAGCAGAAUGCCGGCGUCCGCGCCUAUGGAGUACGACCUGGUGAAGGAGAUACCGUUCUCCGUGCUGCGCAACAGACUGGUACUGCUGCACCACUUCGCCGAGCUCCUGUGCCCCUCCUUGGCGAUGUUUCCGACUACCGGAUACAUCGGCCUGGACAAACUCGGCCCUAUGCUGGUUUACACCAUCAAAGAGGCGACCUUCCGCAAAGUCGUGCAAGCCACGAUGGUGAGGGACCGCCAACACGGGCCCGUGAUCGAACUGAACAGGAUACAGGUGAAGAGAGCGAGAGGAAAGGGCGGCUACGCCGGUCCGGACGGUAUCAAAUCGGUCUUCGGUCAGAUGGUAUCCAAGAUGUCCCUCCUGACGCAAGACGUGCUGUUUCUACCUCAUAGAGUGUGGAAAGUGAAAUUCGUCGGGGAAAGCGUCGACGACUGCGGCGGAGGCUACAGCGAGAGCAUAGCGGAGAUGUGCGACGAAUUGCAGAACGGCUCGCUGCCGUUGCUCAUGCCUACGCCGAACGGCCGCGACGACAACGGCACCAAUCGCGACUGCUUCCUGCUAAACUCGUUCUCCGAGUCGCAGCUGCACAUGACGAUGUUCCAGUUCCUGGGCAUCCUGAUGGGCAUCGCCAUCAGAACGGGCAGCCCGUUGAGCCUGAAUCUAGCCGAGCCGGUUUGGAAGCAACUCGCCGGUAUGCCUCUGACGCCGUCGGAUCUGACGGAGAUCGACAGGGACUACGUUCCUGGCUUGCUCUGCAUCAGAGACAUGAACCCGGACGAGAAAGUCUUUCAGACGUUGGAGAUGCCGUUCUCCACACCGUCCGCCUCCGGACACGACGUGAUACUGUCCAACAGAUAUCUCAAAAUAACGCCGGAUAACAGGCAGGAGUACGUGAGGCUGGCGUUAGAUUAUAGAUUACACGAAUUCGACGCUCAAGUAGCGGCCGUACGGGAAGGUUUAUCCAAAGUUGUUCCUGUGCCCCUCUUGGCAUUGUUUAGCGGGCCCGAGCUUGAAACAAUGGUUUGCGGUAGUCCAGACAUACAAAUUAAUUUAUUGAAGUCCGUUGCAACGUAUAAAGGUAUCGAGCCAAGCGCUCCGCUUAUCCAAUGGUUCUGGGACGUCAUGGAGGAGUUCUCCAAUCAAGAGCGAUCGCUUUUCCUCCGUUUUGUUUGGGGCAGAACACGUUUACCGCGCACAAUCGCAGAUUUCCGAGGCAGGGACUUCGUUUUACAAGUGAUGGAAAAGUACAACCCACCGGACCAUUUUCUUCCCGAAAGCUACACCUGCUUUUUCCUUCUGAAAAUGCCGAGAUACUCGUGCAAGGCCAUUCUACGGCAAAAGUUGAAGUACGCGAUUCACUUUUGUAAAAGCAUCGACACGGACGAGUACGCUCGGGUGCAAGCGGCAACUAAUUCGGACACCGACGAUACAGAUAGCUUAGCGAGCGAAGAGCACACGUCGCUUUAA